AGUGUUGUAACUAAAAUGGCGGCGCGGUGGGGAGCAGGCGAUGAGAUUUUAGCUGCCUGCAACAUGGAGUUUUUCUCAACAAAUACUCUAGACGAGGUGGUGAAUCUCCAUGGGGGCCUGUCCAGUGAAAGCGUGCCCAGACUGGAGCUGGAUACAGGAGAGGUUCUGGAGGCCCUCCACUGCUGUCUGGACCCCUCCAUACUGUCCAUCUUUGAGGACACACCCUCAGGAGAGAAUAAAUUUGGACUUGAUGAGGUGAACCAGGCUACACUGCUCACAGCUUUGACGGAGAUCCUGGAUAACGUGGACAAUGAGAACCUUUCCCACUUUGACACGCUGCCAGACUCGGACCUACUGUCUGGCCAGAAAUAUCGGGAACACUCUCCGCUGAGGAGACUGCUGUGCUUGUCCCGCUCGCCUCCAGAGAGAGAGACACUCUGCAACACAAGACAGUUCUCCACAGGAAAGAGUCUCCCCAGGACACAGAAGUCUGUCCAGAGGAGUGACGGAGAGGAGGAAGAGGAUGGAGAGCAAGAGCUCCUGAACUGGGAUGGCCUGAAUCUGCCUCUUCCGCUGGCUCUGGAGCAGCACAUGGGGGAAGAGGGCGAGGAUGGAGAGAGCAUGUCAGUGAGUCUAGGAGAGCUGGUCAGACACAUGCACCCCUACUGCAUGGCUGUGUGCAUGGAGAAUGGAGAAGGGGAAGAACAGAUGCUGGCAGAGAAAAGGAUACUGCUGGAGGUGGUGGACCAGGGAGUGCAUCAAGAAUCUAUAUUUGCCCUCCCCGAUAUGGGCCUCUCCCUCUGUCAUCCCUCUUUCUCCUUGCCUGGAGUAGAAGACUCAUCCGAAGCGGAGCAGAGGGUUCCAAAUGAAGUUUUGGAGGCCGCCAUUUUGGAGACGCAAGAGUCUGCGAAUGAUGAUGUCGUAAUUGGGGAUGACCCAGCAGAGGUGGCUGGCCCUUCUGACCCCGCGGUGACCCUGAGGUCAGAGGCAAGGGGUGAGAAGGUCAUCAACAGGAGACCAAAGGAGGAGACUGCAGAGAGAUGUCCGUCUCGAAGGAAACGGAAAAACAAAAUGGAGAAUUCACCUCACGAAGUCACACCUGAACCUGACCAGGCAGAGAGGAGGGUCCUGAGGAGAGCAGCCCAGGAAUCCUCGUCCUGCGAGCCUGUCAAGGAGACAGCCAAACCGAAGAAAAAGGUCAAGAUCAAGUCGUUAACUUCCACCAUUUCUACGGCCGCCCCCGAGGCGCCAAAACACAAGAGGAGAGCGACACAUGCCGCCGAAAAACAUGUGGAAGUCACCACCCUAGUACUUCCCAAACAACCCAGCAUUAAGGUCAUGCCCGCCUCUGACCUGUUGCCAAUGACUAUGACCCCCGAGAAGGUCUCCCAACCAACCACAGCCUGCGGGAAGCCUCAAGGCCCCCCAGCUUCUACAGCUGCCCACCAGAUGGAAGCCCCCCAGGCAAUGACAAUCAACCUUCCCAGUGCCAACCCUGUAUCAGUGGCCCCUCAGCCAACGAUGCAGCCCAACAUUGCCCCUCUAGUGGCCCACCAGGCGAUCCCCCCUCAGGCUAUUGAACCCAAACCCAAGCCCCUGUCCCUCCAGCAGUACCGGCUGCUGCGCCAGCAAAAGAAACUUGCCCCCCUAGAGAGACUGGAGAACCAGAGCGUCAAGUGGCCCAUCCUCCUUGAGGCCCCUACAGAGCUGCCCCCCAUCCCCAUCCCCUGCCUCCCCACCCCCUCCUCCAGAGGCCCCCACCCCUCCCCGGGGAAGAAUGAGGUGGAGGAAGUGAAAGCAGCCUGGCAGCCCAUGGGACCAGGAGCACCUCCUACACCUGAAGCCCUGCUGGUGCCUCCUGCUUACAUGCAGGCCUCCAAGUCAUAUUCCUCUAGCAAAGUUGCCAUUGAAAAUGUGGCUCUUACCACCCCUCCCCAGCAAGCGGCUAUUCCUACUCCACAGUCAUCUAAAGCUAGGCAACUCCAGCCCCUAAUCUCCGCUAUGCCUGCAUCCAGUACUGUGAAGGCGAUACCAUCCCAAACCCCCUCUACCAAGGCCCAGACCCUUUCUGUGAAGUGUUGUAUACCCCAGGCCCCCCAGCCUGCACUCUCAAACCCCCUGCUCCAGUCUCAGCUACCCUCCUUGAAGACUGUGGCCCUUAUCAAAUCUCAGAGCUCCAGUGGAGCCUCUUCUAAAACCACUACAGAUGCCCACAGGUCCACCUUAAUUGCUCCUAUACCCCAAAAACCCACCCCCGUCGCUACUAUUGUACCCAAGAGAACUUUAAACCCCAACGCUGCUGCUGUUUGUGUACAGAAACCUACCCCUGCUCUGAAGGUGUCUACUAAUCUCCAGAAGGGAGUAGUUGCUCUGCCCCAGUCUAGGGUGCCUGAGCUACCUACCAUCACUCCUGUGUCUGCCCCAGCCAAGCCCUCCAACGUCCAGGCCUUCAAACCUCCAGUGAGGUGUUCUCCAGCCCAGGAGGCCCCCAAAGCCAGGAGUCCUACUCAGGAGCCGAUAGAGGCCUUCACCGGUGAAAUCGGUAUUGAAGCUGCAGACCUCACCAGCCUGCUGGAGCAGUUUGAAGAGACACAAGCUAAAGAGGAGCAGUGUGUUCCGGAGGUCUCUGGUAGAGCAGCAGCUGUAGGAAACUCUAGUGUGGCGCAGCCAUGUGAUAGGACCCCUGUGGAGAGAGUCCGAGCGCAUGACCUGACCAGCACUGCAGAUCUGACUCCUCCAGCUACCCCUCCUCACCAGAUGUGGAAGCCCCUGGUCCCAAUUGCCCUCCUUGGUAAGAGCCAAGCCACUGAGGCCCCCAAACCAUCACCCUCCAAGGCCAUCCAGAUCGACACGCAGCCCCUGCCCUCCAACAAGCUUCGGAGCAAGCCCCCCAGCCCCCCUAUAACUCCCACCCCCAAUCCAGUGUCUCUCACCCUGGCCUUUUCAGACCACGACUACUCCCUCCUUCAGAAGGAACCCAUGGCUAUUGCAAGAGAGCCAGGCAAGCGCUGGAAUGUCAAACAGCAAGCAGCCAUCACCAUCGAGCCACUUGGCAGCAACACUACCUGGGUACCCCAGAGGAUCCCUGCCCCCUCCCUCCAAACCCUCACAACUGCCCUGGGUACGAAGAACCAUCAGGCCCCCCUAGUUCCCCAGCCCCUGCAUGUAAAGACUGACAGGACUAGCUCUGUGCUGGAGACCCCUGAUGCCUCUCCCACCAGGCUGAUGGACCAGGCUGGUCCCCUGGAGAGGAGUCCCAAGAAAGGGAGGUAUUACCGAAGUUACAAUAAUACCUUCUCCCACAGGCCUAGCCCAAGCCCCAGGGAAGGAAAGCGAGGAAGGAAGAGGAAAAGGAGUAUUCACCGUUCCUCCAGCCCUGACUUUACUGACUCGGAGUCGGACUCCUCUUCUCAGUCUAGAUCUCGCUCUCUACCCAGGAAGAGGUACAGGCCUCGUCACUCUGAUAGCAGCUUCAGUGCCUCAUCUUGCUCCUCCUCUCGUUCCUCCUCUCGUUCCCUGGCCUGCUUUCCAAGGCGGCGGCGAUAUUCCUACUCCUCUUCCCGAUCAGGAUCAUGGAGUAGGUCCCGUUCCCGCUCUCCCCACAGACGGGCGUGGAGUAGAUGCAGCAGACAACGCAGCCCGUCUUUCAGACCAGGCUACCGGCCUGAAUCUAGAGAAAACAGUGAGGUGGGGAAGAGACUCAAAGAUAAAGCCAUUGAUGAGCGUCGGGUUGUUUACGUAGGGCGAAUCCGAGAGACAAUGACUCAUAAAGAGCUGAAUGAACGCUUCUCUCUGUACGGAGAGAUUGAGGAGUGCACUUUACAUUUCAGAGGCCAUGGGGAUAACUAUGGGUUUGUGACCUACUACGAUACGAAGGAUGCAUUCACGGCCAUCGAGAACGGCAGCAAGCUCCGUAAGCCUGACGAACUCCCCUUUGACCUCUGCUUCGGAGGAAGGAGACAGUUCUGCAAGACGAGCUACGCUGAUCUAGAUUCUAAUCGCGAGUAUGACCCGUCGGCACCCGUGACUGGCAAGUUUGAUGCCCUUGACUUUGACACUUUACUGAAGCAGGCCCAGAAGAGUCUGAAGAGGUAACAGAGGUCAGCCCACUGGGGGCUCCACACUAAGACUUACCUCAUAGCCGUUGGCAGGCUCCUCCCACUAUCAUCGCUGGCUUCGCCUUGACCGAGGGUGUGGACCACAACGCACGGUCGAUACAUUAGCCAGCUAACAUUAAUUUACAUGCAGAUAUAGCUCUCUUCUGGUUCAUACAAUAACUUUUAAAGCUGCAAGCAGAAAUUAUAGAGUAAUAGAACCUUUACAUCUUGGUUUAACCUGUCUAGCCCAGGCGCUCCGCUAGCGGAACUCCUCCCACAUUCCACUAAAAAGGCAGAGCGCGAAAUUCAAAAAAUAUUUUUAGAAAUAUUUAACUUUCACACAUUAACAAGUCCAAUACAGCAAAUGAAAGAUGCAAAUCUUGUGAAUCCAGUCAACAUGUCCGAUUUUUAAAGUGUUUUACAGCGAAAACAGCACGUAUAUUUGUUAGCUAACCACCAAAUACAAAGAAGGACAGACAUUUUUCACAGCACAGGUAGCAUGCACAAAGCCAACCUAACUAACCAACAAACAACUUCAUCAGAUGACAGUCUUAUAACAUGUUACACAAUAAAUUUAUGUUUUGUUCGAAAAAUGUGCAUAUUUGAGGUAUAAAUCAGUUUUACAUUGCAGCUACCAUCACAGCUACCGUCAAAAAUAGCACCGAAGCAGCCAGAGCAAUUAUAGAGACCAAUGUGGAAUAACUAAAUACUCAUCAUAAAACAUUUCUGAAAAAUACACAGCGUACAGCAAAUGAAAGACACAGAUCUUGUGAAUCCAGCCAAUAUUUCAGAUUUUCUAAGUGUUUUACAGCGCAAACACAAUAUAGCGUUAUAUUAGCUUAGCACAAUAGCAAAAAUUACAACAGCAUUGAUUCAAGCCAAACAUAGCAAUAACGUAUAAACCACCAAAAUAUAUUAUUUUUUUCACUAACCUUCUCAGAAUUCUUCAGAUGACAGUCCUAUAACAUCAUAUUACACAAUGCAUAUAGAGUUUGUUCGAAAAUGUGCAUAUUUAGCGGCACAAAUCGUGCUUAUACAAUGAGAAUAGUGUCCAUAACGUCAAGCAAUCUGUCCGGCGCUAUCUUGGAAAGGCACCUAUUCUUAUCAAACUAUUCAUAAACUUGACAAAAAAAAUACAGGUUGGACAAUUGAAAGACAAAUUAGUUCUUAAUGCAAUCGCUGGGUUAAAUUGUUUAAAUUAGGUUAAAUUGUUUAAAUUAACGUAACUGCGCAAUACAGCGUGCGAUAAAGCAAGGCUACACUGCAAGUAAUGGAGUCUAAUGCAUUUGAAUUUUUUUCAACAGAACAAUGAAUUAUCAGCAUAAAGACUGCUUACUAUUAGCUGAGCUUCCAUCAGAAUCUUGGGCACGGUGUCCUUUCUUCAGAAAAAUCGUCUUUUGGCUGAAAGUUGUCCUCUUGACCUGUCGAAUUAGCUGCUAAACGUUAGCCACCCACUGGAGAGGUGUCCAACUCGUGAACGCGCAUCACAAAGAAAUCCAGGAAAAUCGCAAUAAACUGCUAUAAGUCGGUUUAAAUUAACUACCUUAUGAUGUCUUUAACACCUAUAACGAAUAAAAACAUGACCGGAGAUAUAGAACUACUAAAACGAAAGCGUUUGCAGGACGCCAUUGUGAUGUCUUUUUGCGCCAGGCGCACCGUUGAAAAGGACGGUACUUCCGUUCCACGGUCUUAUAUAAGGUCCCAGAUUGCGCAAUCCACUCCAUUCAAAUUCUCACCGCUUACUGACAUCUAGAGGAAGGCGUAUGCAGUGCAUGUAGCCCCAUAGCUUACAUUGGGACUUAUAAACUGACCCCAGAACAGGGACCUCGAUUUCUGAAAUCUCACUCCCUGACAAUAAAUGUGCUGCAGAAUGAGUUCUGUUUCACUCAGAGAAAUAAUUCAAACGGUUUUAGAAACUAGAGUGUUUUCUAUCCAAUAGUAAUAAUAAUAUGCAUAUUGUACGAGCAAGAAUUGAGUACGAGGCCGUUUAAAUUGGGAACAAUUUUCCCCCAGAGUGUAAAUAGCGCCCCCUAUCAUCAUCAGGUUAAGGCAUUGUAUGAAGCUAAUAAGGCAGAGUUCUAUUCAAGAGUCAAAUGUAAUCAAUGUCAUUGAUUGAAGCAAUAUAUCAGAAUCAUUAUUCAGAAACUGUUGAAUUGAGGAAGUCUGCCUUUUUUGAUAUGGAUUGUUUGUGUGAAAUCAUUUAUGCCAUGUUCACUUCAAGCCUGUCUAUCUUUGAACUCUGAAAUGCUAUUUCUGAAUGUUUUGACAUGUUAGAUGUAUAACACAUUUUCCUGCUUUGUGAUAUACAAUGCAUUCGGAAAGUAUUCAGACCCCUUGACUUUUUCCACAUUUUGUUACCUUACAACCGUACUCUAAAAUGGGUUAAAAAAAAAAUUCUCCCCUUCAUCAAUCUACACACAAUACCCCAUAAUGACAAAGCGAAAAACUGUUUUUUGAAAAUGUAUUAAAAAUAAACUGAAGUAUUCAGAUCUUUUACUCAGUACUUUGUUUAAGCACAUUUGGCAGUGAUUACAGCCUCGAGUCUAAUUGAGUAUGAUUCUGUAAGCUUGGCACACCUGUACAGAUCCGGACUCUGGCUGGGCCACUCAGGGACAUUCAGAGACUGUCCCUGAGUGUCCAUUCAGAGACUGUCCACACUCCUUCGUUGUGUGCUUAGGGUCAUUGUCCUUUUGGAAGGUGAACCUUCAUCCCAGUCUGAGGUCCUGAGCUCCAUGGAGCAGGUUUUCAUCAAGGAUCUCUGUACUUUGCUCCGUUCAUCUAACCCUCAAUCCUGACUAGUCUCCCAGUACAAAACAUCCUCACAGCAUGAUGCUGCCACCAUUUUUUUUUAUUUUAUUUUACCGUUAUUUUACCAGGUAAGUUGACUGAGAACACAUUCUCAUUUGCAGCAACGACCUGGGGAGUAGUUACAGGGGAGAGGAGGGGGAUGAAUGAGCCAAUUGUAAACUGGGGAUUAUUAGGUGACCAUGAUGGUUUGAGGGCCAGAUUGGGAAUUUAGCCAGGACACCGGGGUUAACACCCCUACUCUUACGAUAAGUGCCAUGGGAUCUUCACCUUAGAGAUGGUGCCAGAUUUCCUCCAGAUAUGACGCUUGUCAUUCAGGCCAAAGAUCUUGGUUUCACCAGAGAAUCUUGUUGUCAUGGUCUGAGAGUCCUUUAGGUGCCUUUUUGCAAACGCCAAGCGGGCUGUCGUGCCUUUUACUAAGGAGUGAGUGGCUUCCGUCUGGCCACCUUACCAUAAAGGCCUAAUUGGUGAAGUGCUGCGGAGAUGGUUGUCCAUCUGGAAGGUUUCGCUAUCUCCACAGAGGAACACUUGAGAUCUGGUUCUUGGUCUCCUCCCUGACCAAAGCCCUUCUGCCCCGAUUGCUCAGUUUGGCUGGGCUACCAGCUCUAGGAAGAGUCUUGGUGGUUCCAAACUGCUUCCAUUUAACAAUGAUGGCCACUGUUCUUGGGGACCUUCAAUAGUGCAGACUUUUUUUGGUACACUUCCCCAGAUCUGUGCCCCAGCUCUAUGGACAAUUCCUUCGACCUCAUGGCUUGGUUUUUGCUCUGACAUUCACUGUCAACUGUGGGACCUUACAUAGGUGUGUGUGCGCCUUUCCAAAUCAUGUCCAAUCAAUUGAAUUUACCACGAGGACUCCAAUCCAGUUGUAGAAACAGCUCAAGAAAGAUCAAUGAAAACAGGAUGCACCUGAGCUCAAUUGAGUCUCAUAGCAAAGGGUCUGAAUACUUAUGUAAUUAAGGUAUCUGGUUUUAAUACUUUGGCAAAAAUGUCUAAAGCUGUUUUGCUUUGUCAUUAUGGGGAAUUGUGUCGAUUUGAGAAAAUAGUCUUAUUAGAAAAUGAUAAAAUUAAUAUAACAAUGUGGAAAAGUCAAGUGGUCUGAAUACUUUCCGAAUGCACUGUAGCUACCAGUCUUUGUUUUGGGUGUUUCUUUUGUUUUUGCAAGCUUACACCUUCUAUUGAAGUGAAGAUUUGUAUGAAAAGAUUAAAAGCAACAAAAAAAGUAAUAAAGGAAAUGAUAAACUAUGA